AUGGCAUACACGGAUGAUGCCGUUAAGGCAAAGCUCUCUACUCUGAAUGAGACCCAAGAAAGCAUCGUUACUGUCGCUCAAUGGGUCAUGCGACACGCUGAUCGAACUGCGCAAAUCUGGCUUCAAAAGCUUCGUGAUGCGCAACCCCCUAAGCGGCUGAGCCUUGUUUACCUCGCUAAUGAGGUCGCCCAACAAUCGAAAGCCCGAGGAAGGGGCGAAUUCCUGGAUGCUUUUGCGCCGAUUAUCGCAGAGGCCUCGGCCACGGCAUACAGAGGCUCCUCGGUGGAUAUCCAAGGGAAACUACGUCGGGUGAUUGAAGUAUGGAGGCAGCGCAAUGUGUUUGAUAUACCGGUACUCGAUGCGAUCGACGCUCGUGUGAACGACCCGAUUCCAGAUAUCGACAAGACGCGGUCUACGACCAAAAAGCAGCCUCUCGGGGGCUCCUUUUUCAAGGACGCUUCGAGCGGAUCUACUCCAGCCGAAAUUCAGCCGCUGGCCCCCUUGCAAGUCGCCCUUACCAAAGCCGCUAUGUCCUCGAAUACCUCGGCUAAGAUCGCCAACGCGGAGUUCGAAAAACUUCAGAACCCCGAAGACCAGCCACUUCCUCCUGUCCACGCAGCUCGCCUCAGCUCCUUGCUCAAGACCCUCGCCAAUGCCGAAAGCUCUGUGUCGGAAGUGAUCAAGUCGCGACGGGCCUUGAUCGACGGACUUGAGAAGCUUCUUGCGACGAACCGCACGGAGCUCGCAAAGGAAGAGACCUUGGCCACUGAGCUUACUGAGAAGAAGACACAAACGGAAUCCAAGAGGCGCGAUGUUGAAGAUGCAAUCGUUCGCGGGUUCACGGACGAGAGCGCCGGUGGUCAAAAUCAAGGCGGCGAUGGUGCAGAUUAUGCCCGGCCCGAGGUCGAAGCAUUGACUCCUCCUCCGGUGGAAGCUCUCACCCCGGUAGGGUCACCCAAACCGGAGCAGGCACAUGUACAGGCUAGCCAUGGUCCUUUCUCAGAAGAGCCAUCCGCCCCCUUGCCUGACGCCCUUGUCAUUCCCCACAUGGGCCAGCCUGACAAUGGAAUUUCCUUCCCAGAUCCAUCUGAUCUCUCACCUGGCGGCGGUAACGACUUUGAUCUCAGCAAUGGUGCGGCCAAGCGGCGUAAAGUAGCCCACGGUGAGGAGGAUUAUGCACAGUUCGCGAAUGAGGAUUUGGAUGCGGAUGUAGCAGAGCUGAUUGCACAGCAAGGGCAGCAAUGA